AAACAAACCAUGGCGGUAAAUCGGAGAAACUCAAAUCAAAAUUGGACAAAACAUCACCAAAAUGGCACAAAAACUCUCAACAAUAACAACAUUCAUAAACAAAAAUCUUCAAGAGACUUCAAAGAAAACAAUGGCUAUAUUUUAGUUGGAUAUUUCUUCGUGACAUUCGCUGCAAUAGCGUGCUACCUGAACAGUGUCAAAGGUGAACUUGUUCAUGAUGACAUUUUUGCAAUCAAAAAUAAUCAAGAUGUCAGUCCAAAUGGCAGUCUGUCACAGGUGUUUAAAAAUGACUUCUGGGGAAAAUCAAUGUCGGACAAUACUAGUCAUAAAUCGUACAGGCCGUUGUGUGUUCUAACUUUCAGAUUGAACUAUCUAGUCCAUGGAUUACAUCCAGUUGGAUACCAUAUCGUGAACAUAUGCCUCCAUGCAGUGAAUACCAUCCUAUUACUCAAUCUAUGCCAUGGUUUGGUAUUUGACUGUCUCCUACCAUCCUUUGUGACAUCACUGCUAUUCGCUGUACAUCCUAUACACACAGAAGCAGUGUCAGGGGUGGUAGGAAGGGCUGAUGUACUGGCAUGUACAGUGUUCUUAAUAUCAUUGCAGUUUUAUAUAAGGAGUAUAGACACAAGAUGGCCAGGGGAGUGCCCCACCCUGAGAUCCCCAUGUUUAUUCCUUGUAAGCCUCCUCCUUGGGGGUACAGCUAUGCUAGUCAAAGAACAUGGGGUCACUGUCCUUGGGGUGGGGGUAUUAUAUGAUGCCUGGGUGCUGUGCAAUAAAACAACUAGAAGGGUGCUAGAAGAAAAGUGGCCAACAAGGGAUUGUUAUCCUUUACUGAAGAGAAUCACUCUUGUGGUUUUAGUGGUGCUAUUGUGUGUUUGCUUUAGAGUGUGGAUGAUGAACAGACAGUCCCCUGCAUUCACUGAACAAGAUAAUCCUGCCGCAUUUUCACCAUUCCGUAUGACUAGAGUGUUGACCUACAUGUAUCUCAUCUCAUUAAACUGUUGGUUGUUGCUCUACCCUCGUGUGCUCUGUUAUGACUGGCAAGUAGGGAGUAUACCUAUCAUUGAACAACCGACAGAUCUACGUAACUUUGCCACGUUCCUUACAAUUUGUGCAAUGGGCUUCAUUUUGUACCAUAUAUAUGCAACUAAGGCCCCUGUUUCAAGACCUGAGUGUCUUGGGAUUACUCUACUAGUUGUUCCAUUCCUGCCAGCUUCUAACUUGUUCUUCACUGUUGGAUUUGUCAUUGCAGAGAGAAUACUUUAUAUACCAAGUAUGGGUUAUUGUGUCUUAUUGGCAUAUGGAUUGGACAGAUUGACCAUCAAUUUCCGUUGGAAACCUAGAUCAGCACUUGCAGUUGCUAUGGCAAUGGCAGCCAUAUUGGCAGGGAGAACUGUAGUUCGUAAUCAAGUGUGGCAUUCCAGGGAAACCUUAUUUAAAUCUGGUAUUGAAGUUCUCCCCAACAAUGCAAAGGUUCACUAUAACUAUGCCAACUACCUUAAAGAUGUGGGGAAGACAACAGAAGCCAUCAAACAUUAUGAGAAGGCAAUUUUAUUAUACCCUAAACACGCUAGUGCUCACAACAACCUGGGAACUUUACUGAAUAACUCUCUAGAAGCUGAAGACCACUUCUGGAGAGCAAUUGCCAUUAACCCUCAACAUGCUGGAGCCCAUUUUAACCUUGGAAAUGUCAUGCAUGCCAAAAAUAAGCUUCUCCAAGCUGAAAAGUUCCUAUUAGAAGCUAUAAAUCUUGAGCCCAACUCUGUGGACAGCUACACAAACCUAGCAGCUGUAUAUGCCGAUUUGAAGGAAUUCACAUACGCAGAUACUUACUACAGAAAGGCCCUGCAGGUGGCGCCACAUGAUCCAAAUUGUUUCAAUAAUUAUGGAGUAUAUUUAAAUAAAAUAGGUAAACCUGAACAAGCGUUGAAGUAUUAUGAACGGGCCUAUACAAUAGAUCCAAGUCACCAGGUAUCAAUAGUUAACGCUGCCAGGUUGUUACGCUCUCUAGAACGUAAUAUUGAGGCUGAAAAUCUCUUUCGAAGUGCAUUGUGGAUAGAGCGCAAUCCAGGGACAUUAGAUCUCGCUGGAAUAUUCUACUUUAACACAGCAGAGCCUGAUACAGCUUUAGAACUAUUCCAAGAGGCAUUGUUUAAAGACCCCCACAAUGCAGAUGUAAAAGUACACUAUGCGCAAGUAUUGACCAGUUUGAAGCAGUAUGACAAGGCAGAGGAGCUUAUACUGCAAGUCUUAGAGACACAAAUUGAUCAUGUAGAAGCCUUGAAACACCUGGCCAAUAUGUAUGGUAUACUAAAGAAACACUCACUGGCUAUCCAGUACCUAGACCAGGCUCUCCAGUAUACCACUGAUACUACAACCAAAGCUCAGUUAUAUUACAACAAAGGCAACCAUCUCAGGGAUCUUGAAGAUUUUGAUGGGGCAUAUAAGAGUUAUGGGCAGUGUUUGCUGUUCAACCCUUGGCACAUGGAGGUUCAGCUGAAUAUAGGAGUCAUCUUACACAUGAAGAAACAAUAUAAGAUGGCGAGGU